UCGAAACCAUAACCUAAGAGGUUUGUUGGUGCGCGGUUUUGCGAGUGUCGCAUUUUAUGAGCCUGUGUGCUAAUAAGCGGGAGGAAUAUUGUUUAUAAGGAAGCGCUCUCCAGUCGGCUUGUACUAUGGACGUUUUAGAAUACUCGGAUAUAACAUCCGAAGUCAAGGGUCUGAUGACACCUGGCCGGAUAAAAAUGACGGAUCAAGCGAUUGUGUUCAAAAAUAACAAAACUGGAAAAGUCGAUCAAAUAAACGCUUCGGACAUAGAAUUGGCCAAUCUGCAACGGUUCGUUGGCAAUUGGGGGAUCCGUAUAUUCACAAAGACCGGCACCCUGCACCGGUUUUGCGGUUUCAAGGACCAGGAAAACGAAAAGAUAACAAACUUCUUCAAAACGAACUACAAAAAGGACAUAUCCGAGAAGGAGUUAUGCGUAAAGGGUUGCAACUGGGGAACAGUGAAGUUCAAUGGCUCCGUUCUGAGCUUCGACGUGGAUACCAAGACCACCUUCGAAAUCCCCCUCAACCAUGUCUCACAGUGCACAACCGGAAAAAACGAGGUGACUCUCGAAUUCCACCAGAACGAUGAUGCGCCCGUGGGCCUUAUGGAGAUGCGAUUCCACAUUCCGUCCCUAGAAUCAAGCGAUACGGAUCCAGUGGAUAGCUUCUAUUCGAACGUUAUGAACAAGGCGUCUGUGAUCUCUGUGUCGGGUGAUGCGAUUGCCAUCUUUCGUGAAAUUCAAUGCCUCACGCCUCGUGGCCGUUAUGACAUCAAAAUCUUCCAGGCAUUUUUCCAGUUGCACGGUAAGACCUUUGACUAUAAAAUCCCGAUGUCGACUGUGCUCCGUUUGUUCUUGUUGCCACAUAAGGACAACCGGCAAAUGUUCUUCGUACUCUCGCUGGACCCGCCAAUAAAACAGGGUCAGACGCGUUACCAUUACCUGGUGUUUCUGUUCGGAAAUGAGGAGGACACAAGCAUCGAGUUGCCGUUCACAGAGGAGGAACUCAAGGAGAAAUAUGAAAACAAACUCACCAAAGAACUGUCAGGGCCUGUUUACGAGGUCCUCGGGAAGAUUAUGAAAGUGCUGGUCAACCGGAAGCUAACAGGCCCAGGAAGUUUCGUCGGGCAUUCACAGACUCCUGCAAUUGGCUGUUCAUACAAGGCGGCCGCCGGCUACCUAUAUCCAUUGGAACGUGGCUUCAUCUACGUGCAUAAGCCGUCAAUUCAUAUUCGAUUUGAAGAAAUAGCCGCAGUCAACUUCGCUCGCAGUGGUGGAUCCACAAGGAGUUUCGAUUUCGAAAUUGAGUUGAAAUCAGGCACAGUGCACACGUUUAGCAGCAUCGAAAAAGAAGAAUACAAGAAACUCUAUGAUUUCAUCAUCUCGAAGAAAUUGCAUGUGAAAAAUAGGGGCAAGAACGACAAGGCUACCUACGAGGAGGACUUUGGUGACUCGGAUAAUGAAAAUGAACCCGAUGCCUACUUGGCUCGUGUUAAGGCGGAGGCUGAGGAACGUGAUUCGGACUUGGAUGAAGGAUCAGAAGAGGAGUCGACUGAUGAGGACUUCAAGCCUAACGAACCUGAGUCAGACGUAGCAGAAGAGUACGAUAGCAAUGUAGAGACCGAGUCUUCUGACGAAAGUGGCGAAGGCUCUGAUGACGAGGAGAAAAAGAAAAAAAAGGAGAAGAAAGAGAAGAAAAAAGAAAAGAAAGAGAAGAAGGAAAAGGUACCUAGAAAAACGAAGAAGAAGGAGAAAGACUCCAACAAACCGAAACGCGCGCCCACCGCCUUCAUGCUUUGGUUAAACGAGAAUCGUGAAUCAAUUAAAAAAGAUAAUCCCAAUCUGAAGAUAACCGAGAUCGCCAAGAAAGCUGGCGAGCUAUGGAAAGAUCUAAAAGACAAACCUGAAUGGGAAAAGAAGGCGGCGAAGGAAAAGGAGAAAUACUUGGAAGCGAUGAAAGCCUACAAAGAAAGUGGUGGCGGAAAGAAAGACAGCGACGAUGAAGGUGAUUCGAAACCAUCGAAAAAACGGAAGAAGGAGUCGCCGGUGAAGAAAUCAUCAGCAAUGUCAGGAACAGGCUAUAAAAGUAAAGAAUAUAUAUCGGAAGAUGAUAGCACAUCGUCGGAAUCAGGAGGAGAGAAAAAGAAAGCGAAAAAGGAAUCUAACUCAAGCAAGAAAUCUGAGAAAAAGAAGGAAAAAGAAGAAUCCGAUGCGGGAAGUGAGAAAGAAGACGAAGAAGAAGAAGAGGAAGAAGAGUCGAGCAAAGGAGAGGAGAGCGGCGAUGACUAAGCAUCUUUUAGCGUCGCAUGCAUCGGAAACUUCUUCCGAACUUAUCUCAUUCCCCAAUCAGUUCACGUUUACUUUGAAUGUACAAUUACUCCAAUAUGUUAAGUUAUAAAUAUAGAAAUUUGUCGAUGAAGCGAGAAAA